UGUUGUUGUUGUUGUUGCCCCCAUUUUAACAAAUCUUUUAUAGACCCCACCCAGGUUCUUCUUUCCUUAGCCUUACCUCACCUUCUGUCACACAUACCACUUCUGACCUCAUAAUCCCUCAGCUGCAGCCUCAGGCCCUACCCCUAGGGAUGCUGCUUAUCCACAACUGCCCAUAGCUGUCUCCUGUUUGCACAGUCUGGACCUCCUCAGCCAAUUUAAUCCAUCUUCCUCUCCAGUCCCCCGACCUUAUGGGCCCACUUGGCCCCCCAAGGCCUCUAGAACACCCUCCUUCUGCCAUGACUUAUUAAGACUCUCUGAAGAAUGAGAAGAUCUUCAGAGCAUGUUCAUCUAUGUCGAACAUGGAGAUAAUCAGCAGUUUCUGGCCAAUACUAAUUGUUCUGUCCUCCUGUUGCUGCAAUAUGUCCGUCAUGAAGUGGGGGUGCCUAAAACAGACAUCAUCGAUUUGUGUGAUGCAAUGGGGACAAUGCAGAUGUUUUUCCUGAAGAAGACCCUUGGAGACUAUGCCAACAAAUUCCUUACAGCUCGAGACACCUACUACGUUUGCAGGGUGGAGUAUGGGUUAGCAGGAACUGUACUUCAGAAUGUCUACAGAGCUUUUGUGCCCCUCCUGAAGAACCCAGAUCCCAAGCUAAUUGAUACCUUGCAUACACAAUGUGACCUCCUGCGGAGGGGUCAAAUAAAAAUGCUUAGAAGACAAGAAGCCAAGAAACGUGCUCGAACUGAAUCCUCAAUGAAUUUCCAGUCCAAAUCAUCAGGACGCUCAGAUGGAGGAGGGACCACUCGCAGUGGUCCACCCGUUAAGACCAAAGCGAACUUAACUCGUAGUAGGGAUAAAGGUCGCCAGCAAAAUAAAGUGACCAACUGAG